UUAUUCUAGCAGCACUUAUCAAAAAUGCUGUUAUACUGCAUUUUUGAAAUUAAGAUGACUGUUUAAAUAGUGCUUAAUUUCUGGGCUCUCUUUUAUCCUAUUGGUUAAUCCUUAUGUCAGUACCAUAUGAAAUUUAUACCGCACUGCUCUGUUGACAUGUCAUCCAUGUCCUUCCCCCCCCCCCCGCCCAGUCCUGGGAAUUGAACUUAAGCCCUCUACCACUGAGCUACAUCUUCAGCAUGUCUAAUUAUUUCCUGAUUGAGUGAUUGAGUGAUUAGAUUGGUAGAGCUAUGAAUUAGAUUGAUGUCUAAGUGAUGUGACCUUUCAGAGAAUCCACCCGGAAGCACAUGAUAUGACUAUUAUUAGUUACAUUAAGUUUGAAUACUUAAUUGAGGUGAUAUCUGCCAGAUUUCUCCAUUGUAAAAAAGAGUCUUUUACCCCCCUCCUUCUUUACCUGCAAGAACAGUAGUUUUUUUGAAGAUGACACCAGCACACUCUUUUAUUUAUUUAUUUAUUUAAGUUUUCGGCGGACACAACAUCUUUGUUUGUAUGUGGUGCUGAGGAUCGAACCCGGGCCGCACGCAUGCCAGGCGAGCACGCUACCGCUUGAGCCACAUCCCCAGCCCAACACCAGCACACUGUUGAUAGAGGAAAGGGGACAUAAGAUAGGAACAGAAAGACAGUCAGCAAAAGAUAAGGAAGCAGAGGUGGCGGGAAAGGAGAGUGAAGAGAGAAGCAAGUUUAAGUCAACUCAAGGGUGCAUUUCCAAGUUGGCCACCCCUUGGUAACAAGUACAACUGAUUGCUUGACCUCCUAAAGCUGUCUCCCAGGAGGAUGUAUAAAGUACUGCAUCCAGGACAAUACACCAAGAGAAUUUACCCCUCAGCUUCUGUAUGUCAUUGGAGAAAGAUUUGUCUCAUGCUACAUUAACUCCCUGGAGCAUCCAAAUUGUGUGUAGAAGCUAACCAGAAUCAACAUGUCUGCGACCGAGGAAACAAAUCAUGGAGGGCAUGACAGCCAUCUUCCUGCUGGUGGCAACUCUGUAUUGUGCUUUGGACAGUGCCAGUACACAGCAGAAGAGUACCAGGCCAUCCAGAGUGCUCUGAGGCAGAGGCUGGGCCCGGAAUACAUAAGUAGCCGCAUGGCUGGAGGAGGCCAGAAGGUGUGUUACAUUGAAGGUCACAAGGUAAUUAGUCUGGCCAAUGAAAUGUUUGGUUACAAUGGCUGGGCGCACUCCAUCACACAGCAGAAUGUGGAUUUUGUUGACCUCAACAAUGGCAAGUUCUACGUGGGAGUCUGUGCAUUUGUGAGGGUGCAGUUAAAGGAUGGUUCAUAUCAUGAAGAUGUGGGUUAUGGUGUUAGUGAGGGCCUCAAGUCAAAGGCCUUGUCUUUGGAGAAGGCCAGGAAAGAGGCAGUGACGGAUGGGCUAAAGCGAGCACUCAGGAGUUUUGGGAAUGCGCUUGGAAAUUGUAUUCUGGACAAAGACUAUCUGAGGUCAUUAAAUAAGCUUCCACGCCAGUUGCCUCAUGAAGUGGAUUUAACUAAAGCAAAGAGACAAGAUUUUGAACCAUCUGUGGAACAGGCAAGAUAUAACAGCUGUCUACUGAAUAGGGCUGUGGGACCUUCAAAACCACAGAAGGUGACCUCUCCAUGCAGACCAAGCCACUUGGAUGAUCCCCACAUUGUGCUGCAGGGGGACAAGGCCAGCAGUUCCCGAUGCAGAAGCCCGACACCCUGCACCGCGGAGAGUGAUGCCACAUACCAGCGGAAGCUCCGGCAGCAGCAGCUGCAGCGGCAGUUCCGGGAGCAAAUGGAGAAGCAGCCACGUGCUCAGAUGCCUGCUCCAGAGGUUGAGAAGAGGAGUGAGGCAGCACUUCCUGCCCGCCCUUUGACGCACAGCACCCCUAUAACUGACACAGAGCCACUCAAGGAGAAAGUUUUCCUUGCAGAGAACCUUGAAGACAAUCUUGAAAUGUGGGAUCUGACUCCAGAUUUAGAGGACAUUGUCAAGCCCUUAUCUAGACCAGAUCCACCCCAGACCUCUGCCACCCGAGUCCUGAACAAUCAGGACAGGAUGCCACACAGCGAUCUUCACCAGAAGCCACAAGAAAAAUCUGGAUUCUGGCACCCAGAGACUUACAGCACUAACCAGCAUGUAACACGUAGCAGUGAGAUGUGUUUAGGAAACUCUGAAUCUCAUAGGAAGAGCCAGGACAUGAAGAAAAGGAAAUUGGAUCCAUCUUAAAUGACUCAGGACCUACUUGGACUGUGACAAAGGGACUUUGGAAAACUGCUUUUUGGUCUUGAAAUUAUUCGUCAUUCCUGGGGAAUGAACUUGAUUUCCAAGGAUUACCUUGAUUCAUUUUGAACCUUUUCAGAGGACUUGACUGUUAAGCCUACUACAGAGAAAGAUGAGCACUUUGAAAAAGCCUGUCACAUGCUGCAGUAGGGAGGCCAAGGACAGAUGAAAUACCCGUCUUUUGACUCUUCAGGCUUUUUCCUCUUUACUCCUAAGCUAUUUAAUGUUAAUAAAGGUAGACAUUUUAGGACUCGCUAAUGGCUACCUGCCCUCAAUAUACAGCAAUGUAGAGGCCAUGCUCCAAAAGUACUUUCAGGCUUCUCUCUAUAUAUAACAUAUCCAAAUUGUCAGCAUCCUUGUUCUUACACUUUGUGGACAUUAAAUAAGGGUUACUUGAACUUCGAUACAAGCAUGGCAACAAUGCCCAAGUUGAUCUAAUAACUAAGAAGAAUAAUGCAUAGAUAACACAUAUAGCAUGGAUAUAUUGGAUAAAGGUAUGAUUCAUGUCCUGGGUGGGAAAGCAUAUGAUUUUAUCACAUUAUUUAGACUGAUGUUCAAUCUAAAAACCUUAGAAAGCAAAAUUAUGGGUAAGAGAGGGAAUACUAUAAAAUCUCUCAGUUGUGGGUUCAUGUCAGCACAAUUAAGACCAACAUUCUUUGCUAAUCAAAGAAAUAAUGAUCGAAGAUCAAGAAAAAGGUACAUGCACCUCAGAGCAUUAAUCUCCAGGAUAUAUAAAGAGCUCAAAAAACUUAACACCAAACAAAUAACAAACACGAUCAGUCAAUAAAUGGGCAAAGGAACUGAAUAGACGCUUCAUAGAAGAAAUACAAUUGAUCAACAAAUAAAUGAAAAAAUGUUCAACAUCUCUAGUAUUUAGGGAAAUGCAAAUCAAAACUUCACUGAGAUUUCAUCUCACUCCAGUCAGAAUGGCAAUCGUUUGAUUGAACACAAGCAAUAACAAAUGUUGGCAAGGAUGUGGGGAAAAAGGCACUCUCAUACAUUGUUAGUGGGACUGCAAAUUGGUGCUCAAUUCACAAUAGCUAAACUAUGGAACCAACCUAGGUGAACUUCAAUGGAUAAAGAAAGUGGUACAUAUACACAUGGGGUAUUAGUCAUAUAAAGAAUGAAUGAAUGGAUGGAUGGAACUGUGAUCAUGAUAAGUGAAAUAAGCCAAUUUCAAAGAACCAAAGGCUGAAUUUUCUGAUAUGCGGAUGCUAAUUCACAAUAAGGGGAGCAGAAUAGCGGUAUUUUGGACUAGCAGAAGACUUGACGUAAAGGUAGGGAGUAGAAAUGAUCAAGAAAGCAAAUUUACUUAAUACUAGUAGCUGUUUGUAAUGUGAGAUGGAAUGCACUGUAAAAUAAAAUUUAUUUUUCACAGUA